AUGGGUUUGGAAUUUAUGGGUGCCCAUGGCCAGGGAAGUGGGGACAAAAUCCAUGGGCACAGAGGGCCAGCGAAAUCUUGUGAAUGUGGGAAAGCUUCCAUUCCGAUAUCACACCUCAGCCAGCAGAGAAAUUGUAUUGGGGGAAACCCCUUUGCCUGUAAGGUAUGUGGGAAAAUCUUCAGCCACAAACCCAAUCUCACUGAGCAUGAGCUAUUUCAUACUAGAGAGAAACCUUCUGAAUGUAAUGAAUGUGUGAAAGCCUUUAGCCAAAAGCAAUAUGCCAUUAAACAUCAGAACACCCAUACUGGAGAGAAGCUUUUUGAAUAUAAUGAUUGUGGAAAAUCCUUUAGCCAGAAAGAACACCUCCUUACCCAUCAGAAAAUUCACACUGGAGAGAUACCUUUCGAAUGCAAAGAUUGUGAGAAAGCUUUCAUUCAGAAGUCAAACCUCAUCAGACAGCAGAGAACUCAUACAGGAGAGAAGCCCUUCAUAUGUAAGCAGUGUGGGAAAACCUUUAGUGGCAAAUCAAAUUUUACUGAGCAUGAGAAAAUUCAUAUUGGAGAGAAACCCUUUAAAUGCAAUGAAUGUGGAACAGCUUUUGGCCAAAAGAAGUACCUCAUAAAGCAUCAAAACAUUCACACUGGAGAGAAACCCUAUGAAUGUAAUGAAUGUGGAAAAGCCUUCUCUCAGAGUUCAUCUCUUACUGUGCACGUGAGAAGCCAUACAGGUGAGAAGCCCUAUGGUUGUAACGAAUGUGGGAAAGCUCUCACCCUAGCCCUGCAUUUGAAUCACACAGGUAAGAAGCCUUAUCAAUGUAGUGAAUGUGGCAAAGCUUUCAGUCAGAAAUCACACCACAUUAGACACCAGAAAAUUCACACUCAUUUAAAAACAUGUGAAUAUCUUCAAAAUGGGAAACGUGCCCCAGGAAUUUGUAUCUCACAGCACUUCUGA